CUGUCACUGCUCUAAACGCCAAUAUUGCGUUUUUCCGAUUCUCGACAUGAGUCAAAAACAACAUUUUUCUUGCAAAAUUAAAAUUCGAGACUUAUUUAAAAGAUACAGCUCCUAUAGCGCUAUUUUUUUCAGCGCAGUUUUAAUUAAGAUGGUUACCGUUUUAUUUUCAAGGCAUUCAGAUAAAAUUGCACAGGUAUCUAAGCACAUUUUCAAUGUUUUGACGUUUCCCUGGUGAAAUGAUGAAAAUUUCGAAGAUAAAGUUUUAGUAAAUGAUGGCUAUCUGGUGCUGUUUAUGCAGCUGCCUACCGAGCCGAAACAAAAAAAAACCUCAAUAAUGGAUGAGGACGACUUGUUAUGAUAAGCAAUUUGCAAACGGAUGAGUUUUUGCAUCAGAUAACUGACAGACACUCGCAAACCCUCGUAAUCAGCCAAUGAAUUUUUCGGUAGUUCAACCAUUAUUCCAGGUCGCUAUCAAGCGAUAGGUUAUAAUCAGUGGAAAAGAUCUGGCUUCAACUGUGAAGUUGAACGACAAAUUAAUCGAGAACUUUAACCGCACUGUUCAAAGGGUGACACAGCAAUCGGUCGAGGAACUUCGUCUAAUCGACACAGAAAGCCUGUUGGCAAACCAUGACGACUAACAGCAAUACAAGGUCUGCAUUCCGAGUGGUUGGGCUUCUUGUUAUGCUGGGCUUCUUCAUUUUUAUGCAGAUCGAGAAGGAAACAGGCAGAAACUCUAAGAGUCAAACAUUAGAGGACUUCCUACGUCGGUGGAGUAACACGUAUAAUCUGUCCCAAGAAAAUAUCACCAAUCUGCUUAAAGAUUACGACGACACGAGGGAGAAUGGAGCGAAGCCAACAUGGACAUUCUUAAAUUCUGUUUUCUACGUUUUACAGCUUGUCACUACAAUUGGAUAUGGAAACAUAACGCCCACGACAGAAAGCGGUCAAAUUUUAACUGUUAUUUAUGCGCUGGUAGGAAUUCCAUUCACAGUUUUGGCUCUAAAAUCAAUUGGAGAACUUGUAAACAAAGCCUUAAAAUCGGUGACCCGACCACUGCAUAGGAAAUUUCACAGUAAAAACUGCCAAGAACGUGCCUGCGAUUUUAUGGAAACUGGAAAUACCUGCAUCAAUUUAGUGUCUUGCAUUGUAACCUGGAUCAUUGCUUGUGCACUGAACACGCAUUUAGAAUCAAAACAAAGUUUUAUCACGAACUCUUAUUCCAUUUUUGUGACCUUAACUACUGUCGGAUUUGGAGACAUUAUUCCGUUUGAGGAUCACUUGUAUGUUUUCAUUAUAACCGUUUUACCCGGGUUGUGUUUCAUGUCCAGUUUGAUCGACUCGAUUGUAGCAUACUUGGAUAAAACCCGAGUGGCUACCACACGAUCUUUUAGCCUCGCGGGGUGUUGUUCAGCUAAAAACGAAGCGAGGAUAACGGCAGAAGUGGAUUUGAAAAACAAUCAGACACUGGAGAACAACACUACCUUUUGAUGGGGCAUAUAGAGGGCUUCCAUUAGCUGUCAUACAUAUGUCAGUAAAGUUGCCAUGGCGAUAACACCAGAACAAUUAGAACUAACAGAGCGCCGACUUCCCUUUCGUAGAAUGUUUUAAGACAGUUAAAUGGGAAUAACUUUCACGACAAUUACAAGAAAAGUACCAAAAAAUUCUAGAUCUCGAAAACCAUUCAAGAUUUCGUAAGAAAUCUGCUAAAAUGAACCCCUUAAAAGACUCCUUUGUGAGGAUCGUCAAGGAAUGGAACAAGUUACCUAACCACCUUUUUGGAAACGAUACCGACAUCAACAGAACAGAUUCAAACGAAAUUUAAAAAAGCGGAUGAACAUUAGUUGACUAUUCAAUUUACUGUUCCCUUUGUCCUGUUUUAUUUCAGAGCCGUUCUUGUAUAGGUUGUUUGCAGAGAUUUUAAAGUGUAAAAAUGAGCAUAAAUUUUAGAAGUAAAUUUAGUUAGUUAGGAGGGCCUUUUUAGCCCAAAACGAAGCCAUUUUUGUUUUUUUUCGUCUUGUCUGUUUCUGCGGUCAAGCGACACACCCGAGAGCUGAUUUUUAGAAGAUUAGAUGGCGGCUUUUAAAAACGUUGACAUCAUACCUUCAAAACAAAAUGCUUUAUUGGAUUUCGGCUUCCUUGAUUGAGAGGUCAUUUGAACUUUGUUAUUUUUAUUGAGUUUAGCGAUUGUUUCAAUCACACGGCUUUGCAUAAUUUGAAACUGUGGAAAAAAAUUAUAUAAAAAUGGGUUAUGUCAUGUACUAAGCUGAACACUUCGUAACGUUUCAAAAGAUGUAACGUUGUAUCAUUUAUUUAUUUGCACUUCGCACGCAAAGAUCGCGCUAAUGUGAUAUUGCCUAGUUUAUAUAAAAAAUUAAUUGGACACGUGCAAAAACUAACUUGAUUUGAGGAGGAAACGUGGUCUAAACUAGAAACGAAUGGCGUGAUGUUGAAGGAAAGAGCUUGGAUCCAAAUCAAUUGUGAAUGCAUACCGCUGUCUCUCUUGGUUCUAGAUGACCUAUGAUGACCCACGUGUUAAAACCAACGGGUUUGCAAUAGCAAUUCAACACUUGUUUUCAAAGGAAAUGAAAUAUUUUGUUUUCAAAGGAAAUUAAAUACUUUUUUUUUCAAAGGACAUGAAAUAUUUGGAAAACGUUCUGUUCUUACCCAGAGUGGUAAACACAGAAGCGACUUCAGCGCUCUGCCGCUCUCAACCGAACGGUUCGGCCUACGAUUCGCGAGGACUUUUCGUCUCUUCUGGUCAUUCGAGUUUAUCUUACGCCACUCAUCUCUCCAAAAAUUUGUCAGGUAAGGCUGAGAUAGCGGUGGGCGUGGAAAAUAAUUGUUAAGCAGAUUUGAGCUAGCGCGAAAUCAGGGUUUUCAAUCCACAUGCGUGAUAUUCACUGCGAAAACGCAAGAGCGAAUUUGAACAUUGCACGCGAGUGGGGCGACACGCGCGGAAGAAGCUCUUUCUCACGCUUUUACUCCCCAAGAAGUGGCUGGCACUGUUGGUUGUAAAAAAAAAAUUCAUAACUGCAUUAGACAUGUCUGAGAGUUUUUAGUAAAUAAUGACCGUAAGAUCAAUGUAAUUGUGUACCUAAGACGAUGCCUCAGGAUUUGUAACAGGUUAUUUUUCUGUAAUGUAAUUCACCACGCUUCUCGUUGUCUAUUUCCCAAAUAUUUUGCCGUAGGUCUGUUCAGUAACAAAUCACAGAGGACGUCGAAAUAUAUGGUGACACACUCGGUAGAGAUCUCGAGUUAUAAUCUUAUUGUUAUCUAUACAUUUCUAAUAUGAAAUAUGGCUUAAAAGUUUACACUCGCACUAUAAUUCCUUAAAACUGCUCUUAAUACAGUUAUUUAGCUUACUUUG